AUGAGGGAUCUGGAGGAGUUCCGGGGCUCGUCGGCGGCGGGGCCGCCGCGGAAUGUCGGCGGCGGCAAUGGCGGCGGGGGCGGCAGCGCGGGGUCGUCGGCGGUGACCACGCCGUCGUGGUGGGCGGGCGACCCGGAGGCCAAGCGCCGGCGGCGGGUGGCGGCCUACAAGGCCUACGCCGUGGAGGCCAGGGUCAAGGCGUCGCUCCGCCGCGGCCUCCGCUGGAUCAAGGACCGCUGCACCGGCAUCGUCCACCACCGCCGGUGA